UCAGUACACGACAUGUCAGAGAAGAAACAAACAGUGGACUUGGGGCUGUUGGAGGAGGAUGAUGAGUUUGAGGAAUUCCCAGCAGAGGACUGGACGGGCCUGGAUGAAGAUGAGGACGCUCAUGUUUGGGAAGAUAACUGGGAUGAUGACAACGUAGAGGAUGACUUUUCUAAUCAGCUGAGAGCGGAGCUUGAAAAACAUGGAUAUAAGAUGGAAACCUCUUAACAUUGGACUACUUGAGCUGAAAAUAAAUUUUUCCCACAUUUGAAUAUUGUCAGUUUGUUCUGUCAGUAGAAAAUGUGACUUCUCUUGUUACUUCUGUAAGAAGCCCUGCGUUAUAAAACGGGUCAGUUGAAACUGAUAUCAAAGUUUCUACUUUGAUAUCAUUUUGUUAAUAAUAGUGAUAAUAAAGAAUUGUUUUCCCUAUUCUGUUUGAUUUUUUUAAUAUAUGUAUUUAGAGGCAGAGAAUAGUUUUGCAAACAUGAAAUUGUAAUCAAAAUUAAAACUGCUCAGUAAAGUCUGGUAAAUAUUGUUAGUCAUUCAGCAGAUUUUCGUGUAACAUCCAGUGAUGCAGCUGCACACAUCCAUGGAGAAAGUGAGGCUCCUGGGGCUUGGCAGAGUCUCUGGUGGGGAGAUUAUCCAGUGAAGUGUUUGUCAGAGGCACGGAGGUGGUCACAGCAUGAAGCCCCAGCCGGUCCUGCCUGGGCCUGCCCUCUCCCGACCGGGCCCUGCUCUUUUUGCUCUUCACAGCGAGGGCUCCCACACUGAACCAGAAGACAAUUUGCCCAGCCGCACUCCCCUCUAGCAAAAUGAUUUCUCUGGAUUUGUGGCUGUGAGUCCCAAGGACAUAAUGAGCUGAAAUCAAUGCCAGUAAGGCAUCUCCUACCACAGAGGCAUCAUUUGCUAAUGUCUUCUCUCCCCAAAAUUCAAAAUAUAAUUUGUAAAAAUAUGAAAU